AUGUACUGUUUUAGGGGUAAAUCGACUUCGGCCGCCGAACUGGAAUUCCUGGAGAAGGCGAGCCGUCUCGAUACCUACGGUUUCGAUCCCUACACUGUUAAGGACCCGAAGGAUCCUUCUCAUCCGGUUUUCCUGGGUGUGUCACAUAAGGGCAUAUUAAUCUAUCAUGCCAAUCAAAAAGUGCAUCAUAUUCCAUGGUCAUACCUUUCGAAAGUGGAUUACAUUGGAAAAGAAGUGUACAUUUAUCCCAUGGAUGCCUAUGUCCCACCAAGCUGUAGUGGCGACAUCGAUGAUGCUAACGACAAGAAGGCCAAGGAUCGCAAACCUCGCCUUGUUCUGAAGUAUCAUUGUCCAUCUGGUACAUUCGCUAAACAUCUUUGGAAUCACAUCUUGAGUCAGCAGGCGUUCUUCAAUGAACAAAGUGCUCUCAUGAUCAAGCCAAAGUUCUCAAAACCUCGGAUACCACUUCUUUCACGUGGUUCCACAUUCCGGUACCCUUCACGACGUGUUUUGCGUGAGAUAGAAAAUACCGACAUUACCUCGGACAGUGAACUCACUGCUAAUGGGCCUGCUUUUGUACGUUUCGAGCUGCCUCGUCAAGAACCACGUAAAGAGCAGCCAUGGCUCAACAAGUAUCAAACUCUGCCAACAAACAUGAAGCUCAACCACAACAACAACGAAAUCAGCAAAAAAGAUCAAAAUCAGAAUGUUGGUGAAGGGACUGCUACAGUCGUAACUACUACAACUGUGAGUUCUGCACCCACUGAAAUUCAUGCUGCGACAUCGGCUACGCAGUCGGUUCCCACGACAUCUUCAGUCGCCAGUGAAACGACGAAUACCCAACCGACUGCAAGUGUGGUCACAACACAGGACAGUACUGAAAGGCACGACAACGUGACUUCGUUCACCGUGCGUUUGGUCAAGUACGAGCGCAACCCACCGGCUUCGCCUGAACUUGAUGAAUCUGUUGAAGAAAAAGUGUUACGAGACAAGCCGAGCGUCCCUGUUAUGGGAAGCCCUUCAACGUCAAGUAGCCAAGAACGAACUGUCACUCAAACGGCAAUUCCUACCGUCAAAAAUGGAGCCGUGCAACACACGGAUGAUGUGACUAAUCGGACGUCCGGCCGGUGUGCGAACGUGUUUUUCUCCACAUUCCUGAUCCUGUUGUUAUUGAUGGCUAUUUCAAUAGCUGUUUUUGAGGUACGACUUUCAUAA